AUGUCUUCUCUUCAUCCUCCAGAACAUGCCCAGAUACUUGUCAUCGGAGGUGGUCCUAGUGGCAGCUAUGCCGCGUCAGCUUUGGCAAGGGAAGGGUUUGAUGUCGUGCUUCUUGAAGCUUCUGCAUUUCCAAGAUACCACAUCGGAGAGAGCCUCAUACCAUCUGUUCGGUACCAGUUAAGAUUUAUCGAUGCAGAAGAGAAGGUUGCGGCGCAUGGAUUUGCGCGUAAGCCCGGAGCGGCGAUGAAGUUCAAUCAGUUCAAGAAAGAAGGAUACACCGAUUUCGUUGCCCUUGGGCAUGAUAACAACGCGUGGAAUGUCGUUCGCUCAGAAUUUGAUGCUUUGCUUCUUGACCAUGCAUCUGUCUGUGGCGCCAAAGUCUUUCACCCUUACAAGGCUACCUCUAUCGCCUUUUCUUCAACUUCAUCAGCCUCUUCCCCACUCGGCCGACCCACCUCUGUCACAUGGCUCCAUACGUCUUGCGCAUCCACCAAUCAAUGCACCGGUAUCAUGAGUUUUGACUACCUGAUCGAUGCAAGUGGCCGCGCCGGCAUCAUGUCUACUAGAUAUUUAAAGAAUAGGCGCUUCAAUGCCAAUUUAAAAAACAUAGCCAUGUGGGGCUACUGGACGGGCGUAGGUACAUACGCACAGGAGACUGCAGCUGAGGGUGCGCCAUGGUUUGAAGCGCUUACAGGCAUGUUCUGCUUCGCAGAUGAAUCGGGCUGGGCGUGGUUCAUUCCACUCCAUGACGGGACAACGUCUAUCGGUGUUGUCAUGGAUCAAAAGCUCUUCAGGAAGUCCUCUCGACCAGAACCUCUUAACUCGCCAUCUAUCGCUGUCCUCCCCCUUCUGCCUUCAUUAUACCUCUCGUUUUUAGAGCUGGCACCAGGGGUCAAGAAACUGAUCGGAGCAGGGACGCUGCUCCAGGGAAAGAACCUAGACGAUUCUUCUGAUGGGACGAUUAAGACAGCCAGUGACUACAGUUACUCAGCAUCGAGCUACGCUGGAGAAGGUUGGAGGAUCGUCGGGGACGCAGGAGCCUUCAUCGAUCCCUUUUUUUCUUCCGGUGUGCAUCUUGCCAUGACAAGUGGCCUUGCGGCGGCAGCGAGUAUCGCAGCGUCAAUUCGAGGAGAUUGUAAUGAGCGAGAAGCGGCAGACUGGCAUUCGCAGCGAGUGACCGUGUCGUAUACGAGGUUCCUGGUUGUAGUCCUCGGUGCAUACAAACAGAUGCGCUCGCAGUCUACUGACGUGCUUUCCGAUGUCGGGGAAGACAAUUUUGAUAAAGCGUUUUCGUUUUUGAGGCCUGUCAUUCAAGGAAAUGCAGACAUGGGCCCGCGUCUCUCUGAAUCUGAAGUCCAGCGUGCGCUCGAUUUUUGCACGAACUUGUUUAAUCCUACUACACCAAACCAGCACGAGGCUGUGCGGAAGCGCAUUGAGAAGGCUCUGCUCGAUGUUACAGCUCCCAUCGUUAACCCCUCUGCCUUGGAUGAAAUUGCGCCUUUCAUGUUAGGAGCGGAUGAUGCAGAGGUGGAGACGAAGCGUGUGCUGGCGAAGAUCAACGCGCGAAGGGUCAUUCAUCAAGAUCACAGUGGAUUGCACAGUCUAGAAGAGGAGGCGCUCGGGGAAGGUGGAUGGACGGUCAGGUUGGAGAGGGGAAAGUUGGGGCUGGUCAAGGCGCCAACCGCCUCCGAUGGCCAUUGCUAA